GGUAAAGACUGUACCGACGCUACUGCGCACUGAGCUUGCCUUGUAAGUCUUGGUUCCUCGAAAACAAUACACUGAUAUUCUCGGCUUCCCCUCCAGCCUCGAGGUGCAUUUGCGAAUACCCUGUAAUCGUCUGGAGCCGCUUACCUGACAUCCGCGAUAAAGGUUGUCGAAAAGCGACUAUAGUGAUAACAGAUGGCGAACUCCAGUAAUGACCACCAAAAAAUCGACACCCUUGAUAUUCCUCCAGAGUAUGACGCUAGGAGUACGAAAAGCGAUGAGGUCGAAAAUCCACCAAUACGACCAAAGCGAUUACCUAUCGAGUACUCCUCACCUAGUGCUUUCUUCAGAAGUGUCGGCAGGAGGUUUAGCAUGAUGUGGACCAAACGGUUCUUCCUCUCGUUGUUGGCGGGUCAAUUGGUAUCGCUGUGCAUAACAUGCACUAAUGUUACCACUACGGAGCUCGCGAUUCGUGGGUGGGCAUUGCCUACUACUCAGUCCCUGUUCUUAUACUUCACGUUGUUUAUUAUUUACACACCAUUCACGAUAUACAGAUAUGGCUUGAAAGGCUGGGCGGAGAUGGUUUUCCGAGAUGGGUGGAAAUACUUCAUAUUGGCCGCUGCCGAUGUAGAAGCCAACUUCAUGGUCGUCAAAGCCUAUCAGUACACUGAUCUCUUAUCGUGCAUGUUGCUCGACGCGAUGGCUAUCCCUUCUUGCCUGUUUUUCUCGUGGCUAUGGAUGCGGACAAAGUAUCACUGGACCCAACUCCUGGGUGUGAUCAUUUGCUUAGGAGGUUUGGCCAUGCUUGUUGGCUCCGAUAUUAUAACGGACAAGACCGCUUCCAGUGGUGUACUUAAUAGAGCCGAAGGUGAUGGAUUCAUGAUUGCCGGUGCCAUUCUGUAUGGUUUUACCAACGCAACUGAGGAACUGUUCGUGCGUAAAAGGCCAUUGUACGAGGUCGUCGGUCAAUUGGGAAUGUGGGGCGUCAUUAUCAGUAUUGCUCAAGCUGGUGGUUUAGAAGCGCGUGAUUACAAGCUUCACACCUGGAACGGAGCAACAGUUGGACUGAUCCUCACUUACACUGUUGGAAUGCUCAUCCUAUACACCGUUGCACCCCUUCUUUACCGAAUGGCAUCUUCGGCGUACUAUAAUCUCAGUAUACUGUCUGCCGAUUUCUAUGGCCUGCUGUUUGGUUUGUUCCUAUACCACUACCGUCCUUACUGGCUUUACUUCGUUUCCUUCGCCGUCGUCAUCCUAGGUUUGAUCACCUACUUUUGGUGGUCCGCGCCGGAGGAGCAAGGAAAGCUGAUUGCACAAGCUCCGGAAUACGUGCAAGAGAGGCGAGAGAACUUACGAGGUCGUCAGAAAAUCGCUGGGAAUGUAUGAUUAGGUCUGAAUUUAAUUGGAUUUUCAAGCCCAACGACACCAUGGUUUCAAGUCCGGAUUAUUAUUAUUAUCAUGUAUCGUAGUCGUAUAUUCUGCUUGAUAUCCUCCGGUAUGAUCUUUAACAAUCCUUUAC